GUCAUCGUGAAAAUGGCCUGUUGCAACAAUACAAAAAGGUUGUUUGACAGCGUGAACUCUGCGGUGAUGCAUUGAGCGCUGCAGUCAAUGGAUGGGGUAAACAUAUAUUUAAAGUGUCAUUCAGACCAUCCAGAUACAGUAGUUAGUCGUAAAUCUUCAAAAAUGCUGCGCAUGUUAGAUGCUUUUCAAUAACGUCGUUAGCAAGUUAAGCUAACGUUAGCUAGUUGAAUGUGUUGUGGUCAUCUCGGUUGAAUCGUUUUCAGUUUAACAAGAAAAGCUCACGUUAACGAGUUGUGAUUUCAUUAACCAAAUCAAAGGAAGUGAUUUAUGGGGAUGAACGAUCUUAUUCCUCCUUCACCCACCCCUCACUCAGAUGAUGGAGGAUUUCUCCGGCCUGGCCCUGCCGCCUCUCUUUGGGGGCCACAUCCUGGAAGCAGAGCUGGAGCCAGGCGGGGUGGAACUGGGCCCAGGGGAGGUAGAGCUUGGCCCUGGGGUCAGUGAGUUGCUAGAGGGCAGAGGUCAAGGGUCAGGAGCAAGGCCAGAGCAGGAGGAGGAGAAGAGGAGAGAAUUGGAGAAGAGGAAGUACCUGGCUUUGAUCAAGAGGUGUAAGGAGAUCGAACAGGUGAAUGAGAAGAUCCUUGGUCGCCUUCACCAACUACAAAGACUAACACGUCGCAUGAAGAAGGAGAGAAGGUUCCUAAUGAAGACCCUCGACGCCCAUGGAGAUGACUAUAGAAAUGCACAGCUCACCAUAUUGCUUGAGUGGGAUCCAAGAAGAAGAGGCAUCGAGUUCCAAAACAGGAGAAAGACCCACAGACUGAAGCAGACGUCUCCAUGUUGGCAGAGACGCAGUUCAGUGACUUUCCAAGCCCAACCUCUUUGUCUCACUGACCAGGGGAAUGGCCUGCUGCUAGUGGGAGGAGAAAUGAAGCAGUAUUCUGUUGCUCGGACUCACACUUCCCCAGACGUGAUGUCACUGAAACGCAUACAGCCAGGGCUCUUUGGGAUGUUCUGAAAGUUGUAUUGGGCUCGAGCCCUGAUACGAUGGAAUAGGAUGAAGCUACCCCUGAUCUAAGGUUCUAUUACGUGGAUGCUGUCUACAGAACCUUUCAGAUAGAAAUGAAAAACAUAGUGUAUUUGAUUAUCAUUUAUGCACAACUGUGGUCUGUGGAAAUGACUGAAGGUCUUGACCAUGGUAAUCCACCCAUUCUGCUCGAGUAGAGAAUGCAUGGUCCGGUCCUUGCGAAAGUUACACUGACAGUACAUUUAUUGAUGUGAACCUUUAUCAGGAUACUCUGAACAUGUUUUAUGAUUGUUUGUCAAGGUGAUGCUUACUAAAUGUUCUGUAUAAAUAAAAAAUGUAU